UGCUGAUACAGAUUUUUUUUCAGUGGGGUGCUCUUGUGUGAAGUGCGGCGUGGGGGCAGACACGUGACAGCGUCUUUCAAAGCGGCACGAGGUUUUCUACAGGGAACACCCAAUGAACCCCAUUCAUGAUGUCGUCACUACAGACAGAUAAGGAUGUGGAUACCGCUUUAAGGUUGAUUGAGUCUAGCAAGCUUGACUACAGCUUGAAUAAUGCCACACAGGCAAAGCUCCACGCGUUAAAGGCGAUCAAGCUUCUCAACCCGAUCCUCAAGAACCUUGCAGGCGAGCUGGACACCAAUCACUUGGCUUGGCUUCAGCACAUCUGUCAAGACAUUUUUGCAUUUUAUGAAGCUAUCAGUACACAAAGAGCGCUAUCGUUUGAUGAGCAGUUGCAGUGGCUCGGCUCUAAGAUUAACGGCAACCAGUUUCCGCCCUCCACGGCGGCAAACUUCUUUGUGGCCAGCGUACAAUCCACCGAAGACCCCUUGAGGCUUGCGCCGCUGCAGGAGAACCAGCUUGACGGAUGGAAGUCCACUUCUGAGAUGUUCCCUGACCAGGACUGGGUGACUGAGCGGGGCAUCGAGGACAUCGCUCAAGACGCGCUAUCUGACUGUUCAGUAGUGGCAUCGCUCAUUUCUAUUAUCAAUAAUGAUGGGAAUCUUGCUAAAAGUUGUAUCACGCCGCAUCGCCGUAGUCCAAAGUACUGUGUGGCGCUCUUUGCCAAUGGGUGCCGGCGUCAAACCGUCAUUGAUGAUCGCUUGCCGGUGCUCAAAGAUGGCUCUUAUAUAUACACACGGUCGCUUACAAACCCUCUCAUUGUUUGGCCGGCGUUGGUUGAAAAGGCGUAUCUUAAGCUCCGGGGCUACGGCUACGACUUUAUCGGCUCCAACAGUGCGUUUGACACGUACUCGCUCAUUGGCUGGGUUCCCGAGUUAGUGCCCAUCGAAAACGGCCGGUUUCCCCGGUGGGAGGCCCUCUACCUCGCCUUCAAGGAGAAGACGCUUUUGGUAUGCAUCGGGACCGGAAAGCUUUCGGCGGAGGUUUCGCGAGACUUGGGGCUCAUCUCGGAGCACGACUACGCCAUCACCGAUCUCCGCGUCAGCAACGAAAUCCGACAGGUGUUGGUGAAGAACCCCUGGCACAACCUGGGCAGAGAAAUGUGGUUUGACGAGUCUGACCUAUACUACUUCAACGUCUUGUAUCUCUCGUGGUCCCCACAGCUUUAUCCGUACCAAGAGUCUGUCAAUUUCUUGUACACAUCCCAAACGUCGUGUCCAGACAACUAUAUCGGGCUCCCACAAUACUCCAUCACCGCAGGCAGCGACAUUCUUAAUGUUGCAUUGCUUCUAGAAAUGCAUAUGGGGAUGAAGCCUGAGCUAGAGGUCGCUAGUGUGAACCUAUUGGUGUUUGAAACAUCGGGUGAACGGCUUCUCCAGCGAGCAAACUUUCUUUACAAGGGAUUCCACUUGGAAAAAUCGCGGUAUAAAAAUGCCUUCUUCAAGUUAGCCCCAGGAAAGCUGUGCACCAUUGUCAUCACCAGCGCCCAGUCUCAGCGUUUCAGUUUAACUGCGUUUUCCAAUCGUCCGUUACAGUUGCAGAAGAGCGAAUAUAAACAACCCCACCAGGAGGUAGUGCGGGGCACGUGGGAUGUGAAGAGUGCCGGUGGAAAUUGGUCAAACUCCUCGUACAUCUACAACCCACAGUACGAGCUAGUGGUGAGCGAGCCGGAUACUCGCUUCAACUUGGCUAUAUGGACAGAUGCGGAGCGGUACGUCAAUUUACACGUGUUCCACCGUGAAGGGACCAGCCUCCUUGAGACAAUCAAAACCUUUGACAGCGCCAGGGCCAUUGUCAACGGUAAGUACAAUCUCUCGAGCCAGAUCCAUGAAAACGUCUACUUGCCUCCCGGAAAAUACACCUUGGUUGUGUCGACAUACGACCCAGUGGUGAUGGCGCCGUUUUCCGUGUUUGCCGAUUCCAACAAGAGGAUUGACAUUCGCCGAUUAUCUUCGACAUUGGGCCUCUUCUCCAAGAAAGAGGUCUUUCGGGGUGCAGGUCCUUUCCGGUACAAGUUUUCGCUCCAGCGCCAGACGGAUGUCGUGGUCUGCGCUACGUCUGAAGAAGGGCUGCGCCUCCGGAUCUCGGUGUGCGAGGCUUCUAUGAUUGACUAUGUCGCCGGCUACCAGGGCGCGAUUCGCACGGAAUACGAAGAGUCCCGGUAUGGCGUCUUCUGUGAGGCUGGGGGACUCAAACAGGGCCAGUACGUUGUGUUGGUUGAGAAACAGGGGGAUGGGGAGGGGUGUGUGCUUGAAAUUGGCAGCAGUGUGGAUAUUUUCAAGAUUUCCCACUAAAAAAAUAUUCGGGGUUAUUCCUUUUAAAGCUGUUGCUGGGUUCUAUGUGUGUUUCUUCAGCAUAGUUCCUUCUACAUCUCUUAGGUAGUGUCCUAUAUUGUAAACUCCUUUCUUUAUGUUAAAUUUUUCACAUUGCAGUGCUCUACACCGAUGUACCCUACUUGUGUAUUAGUUUUCUGUCCGGCUUAAUUCACCCAUCAGAGUACUCUUUUAGUGGCGUAUCCUAAAGUAGCAAGUGUGGCUUAUAGGUGGGUGGCGUGGUGGCGACAAAUUUCCCGUUCACGCGUCGCACAAAAGACGCGUAUUUUUUUUUCAACAAACAAAACUUGGUCUUCCAAGUAUCUGCUCUUUCUAGACUACUAGUACAACACAGAAUGACUUGUA